CGGGUUCCGUAAGGGACUCGAAGCUUGGCAGAUUCAGGGUCUUGUGCUAAAGAAGCACAGCCGGAGGCUGAAGCCAAAGGGAAUACGGAUACCAAAGCCAGGGUCCACGGACAGCGCGUUGCACGGUUCACCAGAUGUAACCAAGUCACCAACAAUUCAUCAUCUGCGCAAGUAACCACCCUUCCGUCGGACAAACAGACGCGAGUCAUUCUUCCGCAGCGUUCCUCGGGUGCAACGAAUUCGAACGAGGCUCAGCGAGAACGUGGGCUCGAAUGACAUCACAUGCUACUGCGGUUCCCCCCAAUCGCUUUUCUUUCCUCAUCAUCCAUUGAUCGAUUCGCUAAGAUAUUCAUAAAGGCGAUGAUGAUCUCUGCUAUUCCUCGUCCUCCAUGACGGAAUCUCCUGGCAAUCUGCCCUGGCCCAGUUUUUAUCCCCACCGUUCCAGCUCUCGCUCAUGAUCAUCUCUGUCAUCUCCCCUGGCAUUCCGACGAACCCCCUUCACCACCAUUUAUCUUUCUUCGAUAUCGUUGAACGUCUCUCAAUUGCUACAAGUCUAUAGCAAUGAUCUGACGGCUUAAGACGCAUUAUGGCAUUAAGCACCGUUUCAGUCGGGGUUGCCCUCACUCCGACCGUCGUUUCGACUUUCUUCUCUCAUUAUGUAAAUCGCAAGACCCUACACAACAAGCCAAACGUUCAUCUCUCCUACGAUCAAGGAAUCUCGGUCAUCCGUGAAUUCAUCAACUAUAGCUCCAAGCGCCCGAUUGAGUAUAUCCAGGAGUUCACUGGACAGCGCGUACCUGCUCCGCACUGGGUAAAAGUUACGCGCUUGACCAUCUCGAAGGAAUACUUAUCGCGAGCUGCAGAUGCACUUAUCACACAACUGGGCCCUGACGGGGUUGCGCGAGUCGGAGGGAAGGAGUGGUGGCAGUGGCGUGGCCCGGCCGGCGAUACAGAAUUGAGAGGAGAGUGGAUUGAAAUGAAAAGUGAUUACAAUGAGAGGAAGCGUGUCGGAAAGGAUCACCCUAGUCAGAGGCGCAUCAUGUUGUAUAUCCAUGGUGGUGCAUACUACUUUGGAAGUGUCGAAACCCAUCGAUACCAGUUGCAGCGGCAUGCGAGAAAGUUGAAGGGAAGGGUUUUUGCUCGUGAGUCUGAUUCUUGAAAACGUCUGAUGAAGCUAACAUUGCGAAGCUGAAUAUCGC